AUGGUAUUUCCUAGCCGCGGCUGCAUUACCUGUAAGACCCGGCGCAUCAAGUGCGAUUCGGUCCAUCCAUUGUGUAGCCGAUGCCAGAAAGCAGGCCGAGAUUGUGUUUGGGAUCAGAACGAAGAAGCUGGUUUACUAUUCAAGGAUGAGAAUGCCUUUGCUCAAGGCAAACCCCGGCGUCCUUGGAAGUCGAAGGCACAAGAAGUAUCAGGACCGGAGGCUGAAGUAGUCGACUCAGCAGUAUUUCCCGUAUCGUCCUCCAUUCCGGCGGAAGAUAAAGCAUUGCAAUUCUGGCUUAAUAAUUACGUAUUCCGAGACGACGAGGUUCCCGAAUUCGCUCGAGAGUAUAACCACUACUCGAUAGCUUGCCGUGAUAUAGCCCAACAUGACUCGAGCCUUCGCCUAAUUAUAUCGGCCCUUUCGCAUGCUGUAUUCGGCCGUGUGAUGCAGUUAGACGAGUCGAUUGAAGAAGCUGAGAAGCUGUUCGCACGAAGCAUUGAUACCGUGCAAAGAGAGACCCUCCGGCUAUCGCAGAGCAAUAUCGACGAGCUUCUCCUUACGACGAUGCUGAUGGCCGACUACAAGGACGUCACGGACAAAUGCUAUGCCCGUCCUAACCAGGAUGAAGUUUCACUUUUGAAUCUCGACGUGACCGGAUCACAGAUCUGGAAGAAUACUUGUCAUUACGACAGAGCUACGGACCUCAUGAGGCAACGACAGCAAAACAAAUGGACGCCGAAUCUUUUUCUGGAUCGAGCCGUGCGACGACGAUUAAUUCGGGUGUGUAUUCUCCGAGGCAUAUCCGUUCCCGAGUGGCUUCGAGACGGGGUUAAGUUCGGUGAGCAAGGCCCCGUUCUAAUCCUUGAUUCGAUCAUGGUCCGCGUAGCCGCCCUCCGUGAGAGGUCGCUUUGUCUUUUCCUUCCGAAAAGUGCAAGAUUCUCAACUCAACCGCAUCCGGGCGACCUUGCAGCCGAGGCUCGAUCACUAGAUGCCGCGUUAGAAUCGUGGUCGGCUGCACUGCCUGAAGAUUGGAAAUUUACUACACGGUCGGGUUCUACGCCGGAUCCUACCUUUGAUGUGCCAAUUCAUGUCUAUGCCACGUAUGGUCACGCUGCCAUAUGGUGUCGAUACUACGCUACCCGUUUGAUUGUCAACAGCAUCCGCAAUAGAGCGCUCUCCGUUAUGGCCCAAUGCUCAUCUCAAAUGUUAUCUGUGGCCUCGGAGCAGGAUACGUGUCUAGGAAAUAUGGCAUCCCUAGGAACAGACUUGUGUCGAAGCAUUCCGAUCUUCUUCACCUCUGUCACUACGGAAGGAAACCCCACGGCUGCAAGAGGAACAGCGACCAACGAUGAUAUUAUUUGCGUUAAUCAAGAAAUCAUACCUAAGCUAGCGACGCUCUUAGCAUGGCCGCUGAUACUGGCGAUCAAUACGGAUAACAUCCCAGAAUUUCAAAAGCAGUGGUUAGAGAAUAAAUUAAAGUCUGUUGCUAACGCUUUAGGAGAUGCCAUUCUUGAAACUGUCACCGAACAGAAUGAAUUGAAGUUCUAGAUAUAGUGCAGAACCCCCUAGUUCUUAAAA